AUGGAAGUUGAAAUCCAGCUCGACGAGAAGGUGCUCUAUUACACAAAUGAGGACGAGGUGUCCGGUCAUGUCGUCCUUCGCAGUGAUACCGAACUAGACAUCGCCACGAUAGUAAUCAGUCUAUCCGGUCAGGCAACAUCGAGGCUAGACUCGAGGAAGCUGAAUGAAACACACAAGGCAUGUGCUGUCACUACACUUCUAUAUACAAGUAGACUAACCCUACCGAAAAAGCUCUUCCAACGGAAUGAACAGAUUUUCCCGCCCGUCAACUGUGCCGGAUGGUUCACUUCGGGAGCCGUUACGAUGCCCCCCGGGGAACACUCGUUUCCAUUCUCCAUUAUGUUUCCUCAUGUCUCGGAAUGCUACAAGGGUAGUACUAGAGAUGCCGUUCACACGCGAUCAGCAAACCGUCAACUACACCAUCUCUUACGAAAGCUUCCGCCGUCCAGUGGAAAUUUCAACACUCCUGAGGAGAUCAGAUAUUCUCUGGAAGCUAUCAUCACGCAGAAUGGGCUCAUGUACAGAACCUACAGAUCCGUUGAGUAUACCACCUUGGGCGGCUAG